GUUGGAGGCGUCUCAGCGUUUUUCAACGCUCCAUGGCAAUUCGCAAUUUCGUCAGGAUUGUUCAAGAAGGAGGGAAUUCAUGUUGAAUGGCAAGAUUGCCAAGGGGGAACAGGAAGCAUGGUCGAUCAUCUCAACAAUGGUUCGCUCGAUAUAGCUAUCUUAUCAACAGAUGGAGCACUAGCAGAGAUUACUCAGGGCGGCCUCUACCGUAUAAUUGCUCCCUUUGUAGAUUCUCCGUUGAAGUAUGGAGUCUAUGUAUCGGCUGAAUCCGACAUCCGAAGUUGCCACGAGCUAGAGGGGACGAUCUUUGCCAUAAGUCGCAAAGGAUCACUGAGCCACGUCAUGACUUACCUGCAUGCUACCCAAUCGAAUUGGAAUCCUAAGAACUGGGACAAGACUAGAGCAUCACUGCUUGAGGUUGGAAAUCUCGCAGGAGCUCGAGCAGCGCUGCGGAACGGCAAGGCUGAUGGAUUUCUAUGGGAAGUAGGGGCAGCAAAGACCCUUGUUGACAAGGGAGAGAUUCGACUGAUAGGAUAUUGUUCUACUCCCUGGCCAAGUUUUGUGAUUGCUGCC